AGUUUCCAGGAUAACCGAGACAAGCCGAAUAGCGAGGUUACUGAAAGGGGCGAGUGGUGACGAAUGAUAUAGCGAGUGACGACGUUGUGUUACUGUCAGUGAUACCACUGCUAUCCUUGUUGCCACGCCCCUUUCUGAACGUAGUCAGUGAGAAAUGGCAGGGUCAGUGCCGACCAUCACUCUUAGCACUGGACAACACAUGCCGGUGCUGGGGCUUGGGACAUUCAAUAAGUUUAAACAAGGCGAGGUGUACGAGGCAGUGAAGUCUGCCAUCAGUUGUGGGUACCGCCUGAUUGACACCGCCUGGGUUUACCGGUCGGAAGGCGAGGUAGGGGAUGCCAUCACGGAGGUCGUCAACAGCGGUAUAGUGAAGAGGGAAGACCUCUUUAUAACAUCAAAGUUAUGGAGUAUCUUCCAUGCCCCGGACAGUGUCGAGGUCGGCCUCAGAGAGUCUCUCAAGGACCUGAAAGUGGACUAUGUCGACCUAUAUCUCAUGCACUGGCCAAUGGCGUGGCAGGAACCAGCAGAUCGCAAUACGUGGAUCAUGGGGACAGACUUCAAACCUGCCGACGUGGACUUCGUUGAUACUUGGCGAGCCAUGGAACGUCUUGUGGACAAGGGUCUCGUGAAGGCCAUUGGCGUCUCCAACUUCAACAUCACACAGCUGAAACGUCUACUGUCUGCAGACAGUCUCAAGUAUAAGCCGGCCAACUUGCAGAUUGAGAUCAGCCCUUACAUGGACAACAACUACCUCGUCAACUUCUGUCUGGAACACGACAUCACCGUCACGGCGUUCUCCCCCACUCGCUAUGCCGGGAAGCCGACGCCCAAUCUGAUGGAGGAGAAAGUUCUCAAGGAUACUGCCCGGAAAUACGGGAAGACUCCAGCACAGGUGGCUCUGAGAUGGGCCUUCCAGAGGGGAUACGCCACCGUUCCUAAAAGUGUCACUGCGCACAGAAUCCGGGAGAACAUCGAGUUGUUUGACUUCGAACUGUCAGCUGAUGAGAUGAAAGCUAUCGCCACUCUGAACAAAGACUUGCGGCUCGUCUGGCUGGACAACUUCAAGUCCUUCCCAGAAUACCCCUUCGAGUACCCCCAGUAAACAGCCAGCGUCCAGGUGGUCAACAUGCUGAACAGGGCCUCCUUUCACAACGCACUAAGCUGAUCGUAAGUCACUAAGGUAACCUUAGUGCAAUGUUAAAGAAUGGGAGUUACGGUUAACCACAGUAAAAGUUGUAUCGUGAAAGGAGCCCUAAGAGGGAACACGGACGAUGGUCGGUCUGGAUCCAUGUGACAACAAUUGAAGUCACUGUGUCUCUUGUGUGAAGGAGUGCAUCGUUCUGGUCUGUGCUUGCAUUUACUGUACAACUGACAUAUUUUAUUCAAAUUUUCGAAAUAAAUAAACCACAAACCAUUACUGAACCAUA